GACAUAAAUAUUGAAGCAUUCGCUGGAUCUCGAGCUGUAGAAUUGGAAGCUUUAGCAUCAGUUGUGAAAGAUGUUGGAGGUAAUCACAUGGCCUUCCAAAAACUUCCUCGUCAUAUGCGGAGACGGGCCAUGAGCCACAAUAUAAAGAGAGUUCCUAAAAGGCUGCACACUGUAGUUAGAGCUGAGGUACUGAUUUCAUUAAUUCAUUACAAAAUGCUACUUUUUAAUUUAAUUUCUGCAGUUGACACCAUAUAGUAAGGUUAAAGUGAUGUUUUUUAAAAUAUCAGUUAACUAUAAUUUAACAAAAAAAAUCAAUGCUUAAAUUAAAUUACUUUUUCUAAAAUGUUCAGAAUUAAUACCGUACAUUUGAUGUACAAAAAAAUCAUGGUUCUAAUAAAUUGACAAGAGAUUUUGUAUAUUGUUGUGUUUUAUAUUGUUGUCUUUAUAAACAUGUUAUGAUUGACUUGUGUAGAAUUACAACUAAGAGAAUUAGUUUGAAAUAGAAAUCAAGGCUGAAUAAAAUUAAUCUAAUGAACAGCACUGUAAAAUAUAUUUUGAAGAUUGAAAAGACAAAAGCUCCAGGAAAAUGUCCCAGUCGCCGACACAGACGUCGACCCAGUAACCUGUUAUCAGAAUAUGAGCAACGCAAGCGUAGGAUAGGAUGGCUGGAGACACAUAUUUGGCAUGCUAAGCGGUUCAAGAUGGUUGAAAAAUGGGGCUAUAGGCUUGCUCUACAUCCAAAUGACAAGAGUAAUCGGGCAUGUUAUAGAGCUGUCACAAAUAACUGUUUAAUCCAGGCAAGGCUUGUUUAUUCAAUCAAAUUUAUAUCAUGUGUGUAUAUUGUGUUGAAAAGUUUUGCCAUAACUUGUAUCUCAAUAUCAUUAAAAAAUGAUUUCACUAACAUUAAGUGAUUAGUUUAAUAUAGCACAGAAAUUAAUACAUACUAAAUUGCUAAUGCAGUCUUAUGUGAAAAGGAAAUCAAUGGAGGCUGCCAUUAAAAUCCCAGGAUGUGCAGGAAUUAUAAGAAGCUAUCUUAUUAGCUUGCACGAAUACCAGUCAGCCAAAUCUCAAGACUUGAAUUACUGGGCCGAUGGAUCAUCCAUUCGUCUUUUUUGCCAUUCCAACCUGGGCCGAUCUGCCCAGCCGUCCCAAGAAGCUUAAAUAUUCUCUAAGUUUUUUCUUCAUUUACUUAUUGCCGUCCCAAAGCUUCUUAUUGUUAAUGUGCAAUUUCAGUGAUUUUUUUGUUGCUGUUAUCUUUUCGGAGAAACAAUCUGUAAUUUUAUAAUUGGUCAAAUAAAUAAAUUUAAUUAUCAACCUUUUAAUUUUUCUAAUUUCGUAUUUUAUGGUUCAUUUCCAGGAUGUUUCAUUUGAGCAGUACUUAGAAAUUUCAGGUCCACGAGAGCAGAUCAUUGCUGGUCUUUCUCAUUUAACAUGUGAAAAAACGGGUUCGUAUACAUUCUAGUAGUUUUCCUAGAAUUAGGAGAUCCAUUGUAUGACUUUUUUUAAAAAGGGUCUUUUGGGGGAGAAGAUGAUAAUAUUAUUGUGUGAGAAGAUUAGCUCAAUUUUUAAAAUAGCUUUGAACAACAUUAGAGCAGUGUGGCUUUGAACAACAUUAGAGCAGUGUGUGCUUGCAUACAAUUUAACUUGAUACGGUAACCAUUUAUUUUCAGGGUUAACAUUUGCUGCAAGAAUGACAUCCCUUGGAACAAGACAGGGUACACUUACCAUCUAUACCUAUGAUUCCUAUCCAUAUGGUGCCAUUGGGCCAGUGACUUACUUAUGGAAAGCAAGUAGUUCAAGUAUUGAUGCUUCCUGUCCAUCUACCAUAUGGAUCUGUAGCCACGUUGCCUAUUAUAGCCAAAUUUUAAAUGAAGUCAAUAAAUGUUUUAAUCCAAAUAGUUUACUUUGCCAAGAUGAUUCUGUUGUAAAAACCAUGAAUGGUCAUGUGACAAAAAAUCCUGAUGUUGUCAUAACAUCUCUAAAGGACAGCCUUGUGAAAUUAAGACUUCACGGGCCAGCAGCAAAUUUAGUUUUAGCUGAAACUCUAAAGCCCUCCAAGUUAACCAGUUUCUUGAAUGGAGCUGGAUCACAGAAACUUCCCAUUGAAAAGACUGAUAUGGAAAAUGAAACUUUCAGUGGUGAUGAAGACAAAAAUAAUGCUGAAGGAGAUCCUGUUCCUCCAGCCUGGUGGAGAAAUUAUUAUUCUUGUGAAGACCACCUCCAUGCUCUGCUGCAGCAAACAAGCUUAUGGGAUAAAUUGAUGAAGUGUCAUUCUGCAGGAGAGGCCCCUCCUGACUGUGUUUUUGGUCUAACAGUAGGUGAUCCCAGGCUUUUGUUGCCACCCAAGAGAAGUAAGGUCUCUGUCAGUAAUUUUGGUGAGUUUGGCUGCACUCAUCAAUACUUCAUUAAGUGCACAUUAGUACCGGUAUCACACAUUGAAGGACAAUGUGUUUGUUUUAAAAAAAUGAAACUUUUGUUAACAAGCUUUAAUUAGGAUGAGGUAUUACUACUCAUUCUUUUGGAAUGAGUUAACUAUUUCUUUAGUUGUAAAAAAAAAAACCUGUUAAAUUCAUUUAUGAUUGUGCACUUAAUAUUUGUCAUAAGUUAACAGGAGUAAUGGUAUUAUCCACUCGGUGCAAUGAAAACGAAAGGCACUUAUCUUAACUGGGUAGCUCAGUUGGAAGAGCACUGGCAUUUAUGUCAGGGGUCACAGGUUCAAAUCCUGUCUCAGUAUUGUUGCCUAUCAUUUUCAAUACAUUAUUAGCUUCCUACCUACAAUAAAUUCAUUUAAAUUUUUAAUUAAUCAGGUUUGUUUUCUAAAAAUCUCUUACUAUUCAAUGAACCUUGGAAGUUUUGCAUAUAUUAUCAAUGAUUUUCAAGUAUUUAUUGAAACAUUUUUAAAGUUAAGAUUUAAGGUGACCAUUUGUUCAAAAUCAAAAUAAUGAUAUUUCCAAUGUUCAAACUUUAAAUAAAGACAUUUAAAAUUGUAAUACCACAUGGGUGUCCAAAUGUAAAGAAAUAUCUUUGAUCAUACGGAAAUCUCUUCUGUCGGCAUGGUGUUCUUUUGAAAACAAAAAUGUUAUUGUGAUGCCAAUUUUGAUUAAUUAUAUUUCUUUUAGUAGUGUCAUUUUUUUAUGUACUCAAUCUUCUGAUAAAUUAAAAAACAACAGUUUUACAAAAAAUUUUGUGUUCUUAAAACUGGACUGGUGUCAGUAAAGGCAGGACAAAGAUUCCUGUUUAAAGCAGUACAAAUGGUCACCUUAUUUAAGAUGUGCUUUAUUAUUCACAUUUAGGGAUAUUUUAUUGUACAUUUAUUUCCAAAACUUUUCAAGUGGUUAACUGCACAGCUGUUCUACUUUUCUAUUACCUGAUAAUUUCAGAUAAAAAUUGUAUUAUAUCAAUUUUAAUGAACAGUAAAUAAAUAUUAAUUUAAAAAUAAAUAAAAUUUGCAGAUGCCAGUAAAUAUGAACACUUAAAAAUAAAAAGAGAAAGAAAUCUAAAAUAAUCUAAUAGCCAUUGUGUAAAAAUAUCUUCAGAGCCUGGUGAGGGUUGUCUGCCAAGUGAUGUAUUCACUGAACAAGUUGCAAGUAGUCCCAUUUGGGACUCGGAAAUUCGACUCAAUGUAAAGACAUCAAAGAUAUCAGAGCAGAAGCUCAAUGACCUUAAAAGCAGACACAUUGUACCAGGUAUUAACAAUUUUUUCUAAAUUAUAGAUUGGAUGUAGCUUUUAAUUUUACAAUUGAAAUAAUUUAAGUCUAAGCUAUGAAUUUUUUAUUCAUUUAGUUGAUUAAAAAUCUAACAUUGUCGCUAAUUGAUGCCACAGUUUAUAGAUUUAUUAUAAGAUAAAAUAAUUUUUAACCAUCUUAAUCUUCAAUUUAUAUAACCUGAACAUUUGAUACCCUUAAAUGUGAUUCAUAAAAGUUGUUAACAAAUUGUUUAUGCUGUUUUGCUACAAAAUACUUUUUUGUUAAAGAAAAGAAACUCAAAACAUUUAUUUCAAUUAUUUCCCUUUUCUUAAAUAGUUUAAUAUGGUUUUUUUUAUGUACUGGUAACAUUAACACUAUCUUUAAAAUCGUUUUUUCUUCAUAUUCUUGAUGCCUGUCUAUAUAUUUAAAUAUAAUUUCUAAUUUCAGGAUCUCCACUUGAUUUGGGUGAGAAGGAAUCCGCUAUUCCAAUUCUAUUGAUUCAACGGGCCGGACCCAGUCCUAACAAUACACCUUCAUCACCCUUGUCUUAUCCUUCAGUCCGUAGCGACUUUGGCAGCGGGUGGGACUUGGUCAUUCCUUCAGGCUGGGCCAUGGCAUUUUGGGUGGCCCUGGUGUAUCGUGGGGCCAGAGUGGGAGGACUCAGAGAGGCAUUGAGUAUUUCCCUUCAAUCAGGAAUGCUGCAUGCACCGGUGGAUUACCCAGAUUCAGCCUCAGGAGAACAAGAGCUUAAAUUACAAACUGAGCAGCUUAGGUUCAAAUAUAAUCGCAGACCACCAGCCAAGAGACCCAACUACACUAAAUUUGGCAACCCGUCGCCAUUUUGUUUUGAGUAUGAUAAACUGAUCAGAGACUGGGCAGCUUCAUUGCACAAUUCAGUGCCCAAGGAAAAGGAGACAGAGUCAUUGACGCAAGAUGUCAAUCAUUUCUUUGUAUUGAGGGAAAAAAAUAUUUUGAGGCUUUUAAACCUUGCCUUAACAGACACACAAAGAUUUCUUCAAACCAACAAGAAAAAAGGCCACAUUUGUAAAGGAAGUGAGGCCAAUUCUGAAAAGGCCUUUGAAGCAGUUUUGUUGUCAGUUUUUGGUGAAGAUCAGCUAAAUUUUUGCUUAUCAGCAAUUGUACCAGUUCAUUUAACUUUGUUACAUCGGGGAGUGCCUGCUUCUUAUGGCCAUAUUUCUAUUCCAUCAUCCAGUGAUCUUAAUGAGCUGAGUCAGAAUAAAACAUUUGGAGGACCACUGGAGAGUAAGCACAAGGAUCCCUUUAAGGCCAAGAGGAAAGAGGAGAAAAAGGAAAGGUUAAAGUUAAAGAGACAAAAGACAAAGAAGAAAAAACGUGACAAGAAAAGACAGGAAAUGACCUCUGGAACGGGAAAACAAGUAGAUACAGAUGAAACAAAUACAAAAGUGGAGGGUUCCAAAGUUACAACUAGUGGAGCAGGUGGUCCAAUGGUUACAGGCAUCACUGAGAAUGAGUCAAAGGGCAGAGGUGAGGAUGGAAGAUCAGUAGUUAAAGAAAUAUCAAAAGCUACUACCACAGAAGUGAAAGGGGCUCAACAGUUAAGCCAAGGAAGUUUGAAAAUACAAGAACAAGAUUUAAAAUAUAACCACCUGAAUCACACUUCCCGUCCUAUUAUUGGGUUUGUUAGCAAUGGAGACUUUGAUUUGGGACAAGGCCAGGGUUCGGGCCAAGGAUUUUGUUCUGUGAUGGCAUUGCUGGAGUUGCUGAAAUCCCAAAAACACAGAAGAUGCAAUCUGGUGCUGGUUCGAAAUCCAUCUUCCCUUCAAUUUCGAUUUGCAUCUCUGUCUAUCAUUUUGUGAAAACAGACUAUUGUAACUGUUAAAUUAAUUUGCAAAGAAUUGUAAUUCACAUUGAGAC